CACCUUUUCAACCUCAACACCCAUUGAAAUAUCAUACUAAGUCAAACAAAGGAGUACUACUCCUUAAUUCUAGCCUCUCUGCAUUCCCAUUUGGAAAAUGGCCAUGGCCAUGGUUAGCAACAAGUCCAGAGACGACGAACGCAAAGGAGCUGAGAUUGUGUACGGACCGGAACCAUGCUUUCGCCAGUCCACAGAGCUGCUUGAAGAGCUCGGAUUUCCGAAAGGAAUCCUCCCCCUCAGAGACAUGGAAGAGUGCGGAAGAGUGCACGAAACGGGCUUCGUGUGGAUGAAGCAGAAGACGCCGAUUGAGCACUUUUUCGAAGGGGCUAAUACCCAAGUGAGCUAUGCCAAGGAGUUGACAGCUUAUUUAGAGAAGAACAGAAUGAAAAAGAUCAGAGGUGUCAAGACCAAGCAGCUCUUGGUAUGGGUACCUGUAGCCGAGAUGAUCUGUUUUGACGAUCCAGAGAGCCGCAAAAUUCAGUUCAAGACUCCGAUGGGCAUCAGGAAGACAUUUCCAGUCACUGCGUUUAUGUCUGAUGAGGAAAAGCACAAGCAUUUGGAGAAACCAAAUCGCAAAUGAAGGAAGAAAGCCUCAAGACAGAAAGAAAUAGUAAAAAACUUUCGACAAUGUUGAUACUUGUUGGAGUUGAUCAAUUUAAGUGAUGUUACACCGGAUUGGGAGAUGCUGUCAAGCGGCCGAUAUGGCCGUUCAUCUCAGCAAUUAAUUUCCUUCUUCUGUCAUCUUUGGAAAUGCUAAAAACAGCCUAUCAGACUGUUCAUUAAGGUUUAAAAUGUGUAUUUAAAUGUGUGAAAUUGUAUAAGAGUGUGUGAAUAUAUAUUGCAAAAUGUAAAAAGUGCAUUGAAGGA